AUGCAACUCGCGAACUUCCCACACUCGCGUCUCCAGAUUGAGGCCCCCCCCCCCCCCGUUACACCCACGCCUCGCACAAUGCUGCCAGCCAAGGUGCCGGUAAGGAGCAGGUCCAAAAGAGGGUGCUGGACCUGUCGUAUCAGGCACCGCAAAUGCGACGAGGGCCACCCCUUCUGCAAGGAAUGCGACAAUCGCAGCAUCCACUGCCACGGCUACGGCCCCAGGCCGUCGUGGUUGGAUAACGAGGAACAGGUUCGCGCCGAGCUCUCGCUCGUCAAGAAGGCUGUCAAGCAGAAUGCAAGGCUGCUGAGCAAGGGUCCCAUCAGACCUGUUGGGAUAGACCCCCAAUUACGGACAAUCUCAGCGAAACAGCAGCAAGACGCGGUCACCGGGCCCGAGCAGGCCUUGUGGGCCUCCUGCCCAAGUCAGGAAAUGCGGUUCCGGGAGGCCGAGCUCAUCAUGCUCUAUCUGGACUACAUCUUCUUCAUCCAGUAUCCGUACUACACUGACAAAGCAGAGCUCGGCGGCCGUGGUUGGCUCUUCUGGUUGUUGAUGAACAAUCGUCCGCUUCGACAAGCCUCGCUGACUUUGGCUGCACUGUAUCAGCGAACCAAGUUUGCGCGGGGAACCGAGUACACGGAAGCAGAACUGAUAGAGUACCACACCACCGCACUGAGUGCCAUGCGACAUGCAUUAUCGGGGAAUGAAGGUGAUCUUGCACUAGACGUCGGCGAGAGACUCAUCACCUUCAUCUCCAGCGGCUGCUGUCUGAUUAGUUUUGAGGUGUUGCAAGGCGGCUCAAAGGGCUGGCAGACUCACCUUGACGCUCUUACAACUGUUGCGAGCAAGAUUAGACUACCGCCAUUCGAAGACUCAGAUGAUGACGAGUCGCCACCACCAUACGCGCCCAGCGGCCCGGGCUCGUCUCUCCGGCGUGGAAUGAAAUAUGCAAGGCGUUUCGAAAUCACAAAGCUGCUUUGGUUCGAAAUCCUGUCGACAGCCUCCUCCGGCAUACCUCCCCGCAUGCCCUAUCGACAAUGGCUUGACUCGGAAGAGAUUCUCAUGGCGGACUUUGUCGGUUGUCAGAAUUGGGUGAUGCGACUUAUUGGAGACUUGUCUAUGAUCGAGGCAGGAAUCGACUUCCCCGGCUUGGACGAGAGACGAGCAUCGCUGGCCAACAUCGAGAAGAUGCUGCGAGAGGGUAUUGAGAGGCUGCGCGUGCAGAGCCGUUAUCCCAGUGCCCCAGUUUCCUGCUACAUAUCGCGAGUGUUUGCAGCCGGAGCCCUCGUGCAUCUCCACCGGGUCCUCGCAACGACUCACCCCGCCGAGGCCGAUAUCCACGGCGCCGUUGCCGCCGUGAUCAAGGAACUAGAGCAAGCCCCUGAGAAGGUGUCGCUUCGAGGCGUAGUUUGGACCAUCUGCCUGGCGGGAUCGAUGGCUCGACCGGAUCAGCAGCCGUUUUUCGAGCGCCUCAUGACACGGAUCCUGGGCACGGCGGAGACCAACUUUGGCAACUGCGAGAGCGUGCAGCGUAUACUGAGGCACUGCUGGACCAAGAGACACGAAGAUCCCCUGGCAGAGUGGACUUUACGGGAUGCCAUGGAGGAGAUUGGCGACUAUCCGCUGCUGGUGUGA